AUGGCAUCAUCAUCAUCAACCCACCAAAAACAAUUCUUCACUUUCUCAACCCUCUUGUUUUUCUUCACAAUUCUUCACUUUCCGGUAAGUUCCUCCGCUCAGGACUGCCCGUAUCCGUGUUACCCGCCGCCUACCGGUCCCGGAAACACCAACCAGCCGGUAACGACCACGCCACCAGCGCCACCGGCCGGAGGAGCAGCAGGAGGAGCGACGUAUUCUCCUCCGGCUUUCUACGGCCCGCCGGCUGGAGUUGUUCCGGUUUAUACUCCGCCAUCUGGGGAUGGUUUUUCAUCAGUUACAAAUUAUGAUCAGAAAUUAAUGUUGACGAUGAAAGGCAUGAAAACGACGUUGAUGGUCUCAAUUUCUUGA